UCAAAAAUAUUUUAUGUAAUGUGUUAUUUUUUUUAAUUGUGCUAAUUUACCUCUUCUUGUACUCCUGUGAAAAUUCUGCAAAGCUACCUCUCUUAUUCCCAUCUCUAGCUUGUGAAGCAACGCAAAUUGGAAAAUGGAAGUUCAAAUCACAUCUAGAAAAUUGAUAACUCCAUCAUCUCCGACUCCUCCCCACCUUCAAAACACGAGAGUGACAUGUUUUGACCAGCUUGCUCCAUUUUUUUACGUGCCUACAAUCUUCUAUUACCCUGUUGACGGGGAAGAGUAUGCUGUCAAGAACGCAGAAAAAAGUUUGCUGUUACAAAAAUCUUUGUCUGAAAUCUUAACACUCUAUUAUCCAUUCGCAGGAAGAUAUGCAAGAGAUAAUCUUUCAAUCGAAUGUAAUGACAAGGGAGUAGAAUAUUUGGAAGCCAAAGUAUACAGCAGCCUCUCUGAGUUUCUUCAGCGGACAUCGCCGAAUCACUUGGUUCAACAGAACUUUCAUCCAGACUACAGCUCUCCACUAGCAGUGCAAUUCAACGAGUUUGAAUGUGGUGGAGUCGCUAUAGGUAUUUCAAUGACACACAAGAUAGGAGAUGGAUUCACCAUGUUCACAUUGAUUAACAACUGGGCUACUGCAUGCCGAAUAGGAGUCAAUGAAGUUCAUCGCCCAAGUUUCGAAUUGGGUAUCAUUUUCCCACCACGAGAAGCAUCUAGAGUUCAGAAUUUGGUUCUAGGAAGAGCUCCGACUAAUAAGAUUGUCACAAAGAAGUUUGUGUUUGAUGGUGAGGCAAUAUCAAAUCUGAAAGCAGCUGCUAGUGCAAGCAGUUCACAGUUCAACAGACACCAACUGACGAGAGUAAAGGUUGUGACAGCACUUAUUUGGAGUGCAUUUAUUAGGGUAGAUCAAGCUAGGGAUGGAAGAAGGAGACCUUCCAUGUUGAAAGUUCCAGUGAAUCUGCGAGGAAAGACAAAUAUAAAAAUCCCAGAAAACUCUUGUGGGAACUUUAUAAGUUGGGCAGUAACGCAAUAUCUGCCAAAUGAUGAGAUAAAGAUUCAACUUCAUGAAUUGGUAAGCAGGAUCCAUGAUGCAAUUGAGAAAACUGUCUCAAAUUAUGAGAAAGCUUCAAAUGGCGAAGACUUAUUUUUUAUGGUUAACGAAGACUUUCAGAAGGUAAGUCAAGCAUUGAAGGAAAGUGAGGCAGAUGUCUAUAUGUUUUCUUGCUGGAGCCAGUUCCCACUGUAUGACGCAGAUUUUGGUUGGGGAAAGCCCGCUUUGGUGAGUAGAAGUGUGCAGGUUGAGAAAGAGAUGAUUUUGCUUCUGGACACUAAAGAUGGCAAAGGAAUUGAGGCAAGGGUGAGCUUGGAAGAAAACAAAAUGCUUCUUUUCCGACAAGAUCCAUAUAUUCUAGCAUUCAGUCACUACAAAAAAAGCAGACUAUAAUUCUCCUUCUCGUAUGUUUAGUGACAUUAUUAGUGUCGUUAAAAAUGUUACCCAUUUAACGGGGGCUUUAUUUCUUGAUUAUUCAGUCGAGCUCUGACUGUGAGUUCGCCAAAUAAUGUGUGCAAUCCUGUGAGUUUUGCAUGUGAAUGCUUAAUUUCUUGUAUUAUAAAAAAACUUUGCUUUUAAUUGCAUAACUAAAGUGUUUGGAGUA